UAUACGCAGCAGAAAAUGGACCCUGAGCACCGCAAACCCACCGGGACCUCCCUGUACAUAGCCAACCUGCACCCGGAGGUCUCAGAACUGGUGUUAUUUGAGAAGUUCCGCCCGGUGGGCCCCAUCAUGUCCAUCAGGGUGUGCAGAGACCCGGUAACUCGGCGAUCUUACGGGUAUGCCUACGUAAAUUUCCAGUGUGCAUUAGAUGCCCAGCGUGUGGUGGAUACCAUGAACUAUGAUGUCCUGUGUGGCAGGCCUAUGCGCAUUAUGUGGUCCUUACAUGACCCAUCCCUGUAUAAGAGUGGGGUGUUCAUCAAGAACCUGGAUUCCACCAUUGAUGAUAAAGCCCUGCAGGAGACAUUUUCUACUUUUGGGAAAAUAUUGUCCUUCAAUGUUAUGGGUGAUGAAAAAAGCUCUGCAUUGGUUCAUUUUGAGAGCCCGGAGGCGGCAGGGAGGGCUAUAGAUCAAAUGAAUGGUGUGCUUCUAAAUAACAGUAAAAUAUCAGUUGGGCGCUUCAAGUCACGCAGUGCACGGGAAGUAGAGUUUAGUGCCCGAGCAACCAAGGAGUUCACUAACAUCUAUAUCAAGAACUUUGGAGAAGAAGUAGAUGAUGGACAGCUCAAGGAUUUGUUUGACGAUUAUGGCCGUUUGGUCAGUGCCAAAGUCAUGACUGAUGAAGUCGGCAAGUCAAAAGGAUUCGGCUUUGUCAACUUUGAGAGACAUGAAGAUGCGCAAAAAGCAGCUGAAGAAAUGAAUGGAAAGAACAUGAAUGGUAAGGUCAUUUACGUGGGCCGAGCCCAGAAGAAGGCUGAGAGGCAAUUUGAGCUUAAGAGAAAGUUUGAACAAAUAAAGCGAGACAGGAUCACCAGAUACCAGGAUUCCAACCUCUACGUUAAAAAUCUUGACCUCAGUAUUGAUGAUGAAAGGCUGCGAAAAGAGUUCUCUCCGUUUGGUACCAUCACCAGUGCAAAGGUCAUGAUGGAAGGUGGACACAGCAAAGGAUUUGGUUUUGUAUGCUUUUCCUCCCCACAAGAGGCAAUCCAAGCUCUCGCAGAAAUGAAUGGUAGAAUUAUGGCUAGGAAACCACUGUAUGUUUCCCUGGCACAGCGCAAGGAGGAACGUCAAGCAAAGCUAACCGACCAAUAUAUGGAGAAGUUGGCCUGCGGUAGAGCUGUACCCAACCCAGGCAGCUCUUAUCAGUUACCUUUAUUCAGCACCAUGCCAACUAUUCCACCAGCUCAGAUCCAGGCUGCUUAUUAUAAAAAUAGGCAGAUCGCUCAAAUUAGGCCAAGUCCCCCUUGGAAACUACAGAGUGAUGGACUUCACCGGUUCCAGAAUAUGCCCAGGACCAUCCAACCUCCUGCUCCAAGACUUCCAGCUGUUAACACUGAUGCUGUGGUAACCACUUCAACACAAACAGUAGGACUACAACCUACUGGCGCCACUGCACUAACACCUACCGUAACAGGACAUUCAGUCCGUCAGUAUAAGUAUAGUAUUGGUGCUCGUAAUCUCCAUACGCUUCAGGAACAAGUUAAUAGGCCACCAUACCCUGCUGUGCAGCAGGCUACUGUCCAUGUGCAAGGACAAGGGCCCCUUACUGCCACCACGCUGUCUUCAGCUUCUCCAGAGGAGCAGAAAGAAAUGCUGGGGGAGCGCCUCUUCCCUCUGGUUCGGAGCAUACAACCUACAAAAGCUAAUAAAAUCACAGGAAUGUUACUUGAGCUAGAUAAUUCUGAAUUGCUCCACAUGCUUGAGUCACCAGAGUCCCUCCGCUCAAUGGUAGAUGAAGCCGUUGGAGUACUGCAAGCUCAUCAGGCUGAGGAAAAGUCACAUGAAACUGCUGAUGAAACAGAAGCCGUGUAAAGAAGGCUGAGA